AUGGCCACCACGCCGCUUCACUCUCUUAUAUCGAACAAUCCUCAGGAAAGAGAGAAGUUGGACGGGAGCAUCCCGGCUGUCUCUGCUUCUCUGCAUAUUCAACCCUUGCCGCAAACCAGGUACGAAUCCGAUGAAGAGGAGGAAUCAGAACUAGAUAUACCCGCCGCUCGUGAUGAUCGGUUCUUCUCAACCCCGGAUGCAGAAAGUGAUAUUGCGAUAGGCAGCCAAAUGACGACAGAUCACUGCGAGGGAGGUUUCGAGUUUACCAUGUCUCCAUCUGAACUGCAGCGGAUGCCAGAUAGGCGACAGGGAACGGACACACCUCAGCGCACUUCUGUGUAUACCAUCAGGCGUAUAAGUGGACUGACGCUUCUGCCGCCUUUGCAGACAUCCACAGAGCAACUACAACAGAGGAGAGACGCCAGUAGAUCGAGGAGUCCAUCCGUCACCCCGCGUACCCGAGCUGAGAGACCUGCCACCAUGAUAUUCGAGGCCGAAGAAGUAGAUUCCAUCUACUCCGAUCCUCCGUCGGACUACGAUGACACCUGCAACGACAGUGAACCCGGCGAGGACAACGACGCCCCGGAUGGAGGAGCCAUCGAUGAACUAUUCUUCGUUGCUACUCCCAUAACGUACCAUCUUCCCAAGGGCAGACCAAGCCUGGUCUCUAUCUCUCCACCGCCAUCGCAGUCCGGCCGCUCGCCACAGAUCCCAUCACAGCCCGAGGAACAAAGUCCCAGAGCACAGAAGAAGCAGAAGAAACGGGACUCAGCCUCCCUGGAAAGGACAGACUCGGUCGUCAGCAGGCAUUCUAGCACCAGCAGCAGUAAUAUUAAUAAGAAUCUCCUUCACAUAAAAGUCAGCAGGAACGAACCACGACGAGGAUCAACAUAUAUCUCACCUGCGCCGUCCCCUGCCUUGAGCGCUACUUCUCCCAUGCUAGCCAUGACGCCGCCAGACUCUGCAAAGUUCUUCACCGAGCCAAAGAAGCACAAACAAGCUCCUUCUGAGAGUCGUCGGCGAUCACUAAUUCCAGGCCAGCUACGAGGCGGUAGACGAGAUCGAAACGCAUCAGUGCAAACUCCUCCACCAACAGACUUUGAGCCACAGAAUGCAAAGAACCAGCCCUUAAUACAACUUAAUCAGGGCCAUCGGAGACGAGCAACCGAUAAACCCCCAUCCUUUAAUAAUGUGGCAUGGAGGCCAGCAUCGCCUCCUACCUCCCCAUCCGAAUACAGCACUACAUCACUUAAUAGCCCCCUCCCAGUACCACAAAAAUGGCCCUUUAAUCGACAACAAAGCUCCGUCUCGGAGCCACCACCGUCCCCCGGCCCACUGCGCAAGUCCAAUACCUUCCAAGUACCAGUACCUAGCCAUCUAGACCAAAUGCCAGUUCCUCGCUCCCGUGCCCGCACCCGCUCAAUCAGCAGCAUAGCUAGCAACGCAAGCAAAUUCAGCAUUCCGGCCUUCGACAGCGCUUCUCUAAAAGCUAUUGCCAAAAAAUACCAAAAUAGAGCAGUCUCCCCUUUACCGGGAACGACAUCCCCUACCCCUUCGUCAUCAUCCAACCUUAGACCAACUGCACCUGAAAGCCCUCGUCGCCCAUCAGACUGUGGCAGCACUAUGUCUGAACGACCCAACCUACCGCCCAGACAUCAAUUCCUUCGAGCAAUGUCAACUACCAACCUCAGCAUGCUUACAAGUGCACACGAUACCAUUGACGAAGACGGCAUAGGCAGCCCCUACCAGAGCAAAAGCUACAACAACAGCCUAGGACGAAAGUCAAAACGCUACUCUUCGACAUCGAAAACCAGCGUCAGCACAUCCAGGUCUAGCGUUAGCAACCCUCAGCAUAUCCGGUCUAAGAGCAUCAAAUGGCUUCAGGGUACGGGCGAGAGUAUGACGCUUGCCGGUAGCAAGCUUGGGUCGAUGCUGAGAAAGAAAUCUGUCGCGAUGCCGACCAUCUCUUAA